UCUAAAAUUAGUUGCAAAGUUUCAAAUUUUUUGUAUACAUAUUUUUCURUUAUUCCAAAAGUUUCAUUUAAAAAAUCCGCUAUGACUGGAAAUAAGAGCGAUGAGGCGAACUCGCAUGCUGCYGACAGUUCGGCGAACCCAAAAUCCAAGGCCACCAAUCCGUUCUUCAUYUUUCUGCACGAGUUUCGCCAGAAUCUAAUGAAACGCGGCGCCUACAAGAACAUGACAGCAAAGGAGAUCGCCUGUGCUGCCGGCGAGCGCUGGCGUCAGAUGUCGGCCGACGARAAGCUCAACUAUGUGGUGUGGGCGCGGAAGAAUCAGCAACAAUUGGAUCCGCGUUUGCGCGUGUCACCGGGAAAGACRGGGCAGCGCGAAGUGCAUAGCAACAGAAGUGAGAGCAAGAGCGUGCAGCGCCGCGGAUCUCGACAGAAAAAGGUCACUAUGCAGAAACGUCGUCCSAGUUAUAUUAAGUGAAGUGGUGAUUUGUCGCYAAACAAGGGGUUGMAGCAAGAGUUGCCUUACACUUUUUAUCGCUGUUGAAAAUUUUCUGGUGACACAUCAUUUUGUUGCUAUUUCGUGUAUUUUCUUAUUAUAUGUCAUUGCAUUUUCUUAUGUUUGUGACAGUAAAGGUAUUUUAUAAYCGUGA